CUCCUCUCCCGGUCUCCCUCCAUCUCCCUUUCUUUCUCUUCUCACCUACUGCGGCCGUCCCGCCAUUGCCAAUAUAACCCGCCACCCCGCCCGAGUCCCACGCACGCCCACAGCUCCACACAUCGCCACGGUCUUCUUGGUUCCUCCGUCCACAGGCUAGCCAGCCCCUCCGCUCCGCUCCGCCACCUGCAGCCAAAUGGCGAAGCUGCUGCCAGCCGGCGUCGCGUUCCUCCUGGCCCUCGCCGCGGCGGCGGCGCUGGCCCCGUCCCCGGCCUCGGCCUUGAAGGGAGCCGGCGGGCUGGGCCUCGGCGGCGCGGCGGCGGCCGUGGUGAUGCGCCGGGGCGGGCGGACGUGCCGGGGCACGGUGGGCGAGUGCAUGGAGUACUUCGGCGUGGACGGCGAGGGCGAGAGCGAGGUGGCGGCGAUGGCCGGCAAGCGGCGGGUGCUGCAGGACGGGUCCGGGUACAUCGGCUACGACGCUCUGCGGCGGGACAACGUGCCGUGCUCGCAGCGCGGGGCCUCCUACUACAACUGCCAGGCCGGCGCCGAGGCCAACCCCUACUCCCGCGGAUGCAGCGCCAUCACCCAGUGCAGGGGCUGAUUCAUUAAACCCUUCUUCAUUCCUUCUUACCUGCAUGCCUCAUCAAUUAGUACUGUUAUCUAUCUGUAUUCUGUAACGUAAUGUAAUUACAAGAAGAAGAUGAAACACUUCUUAUGAUGCUUGAUCAAUCACCACUUGCUGGUGUGAUCAAUCGUACCGUACGUACCACUGGAGGAGGCAUGGUUAAUUAUUGUGUCAUUUGUGCCUAUUUGGGUGAAAGUAAUUAAGCUCUGAUUUCGGUUGUGCCCAAUAAAUUUGUAGAGUCCUUUGGUACGUA